AUGGCAUCCGACAGCGAAGACUACGAUAGGACCGAUGAAAUCGACGGUUGCGCCACGUGUAUGAAGGAAUGGACCAUCACGUGUACGGGCUGCAACAACAUCAAAUACUGUUCAGAAGCUUGUCAACAACAAGAUGCAGAACAGCACAGUACUAUAUGCAACAUAUCUAAGGACUUUCAAACCCGACCAAGCGACAAGCACUUUCGAGCCCUUUAUUUCCUUGCCGACAAGCCCAAAUCACGAUUCAUCUGGCUUCUCAUGGAGGGAGCACGUCGCACCUGGAAACCCAAUCCUACCGAUCUUGCCAAGUAUGUACCAGGAUCACCUUCGUCGGAGGACUCGUUCAUAACAUAUCAUGGUGGUGGCCAGGUUGGGCGUGUUCACGCGUAUGAUCCUCGUAAUGGACAAGAGUCAGGGGACGUGGAUUGCACUUCAUUGGGUCCGUUACUGGCAUGGGCCAUGGAGAUCACUCUUUACUAG